AUGUCGCCUCACGAACCCACCCCGGCUCCGGUUGCAGAGCCUCACACCCAGGAGCCAGGCUCGGACAACAGGACCGGUCGCCUGUCAGUCUGUACGAAGGUGUGCUAUGGCAUUGGUGGAGUCCCCAACCAGGUGGCCUCCAGCGCCUCGGCCUUCUACCUGCAGCCCUUCCUACUCGAUGUGGCACAGAUCCCCGCUGCCCAGGUGUCACUUGCCUUGUUCGGAGGGAAGGUGUCUGGGGCAGUUGCGGACCCUGUGGCUGGCUUCUUCAUCAACAAAAGCAGAAGGACAAGAUCUGGACGACUGAUGCCUUGGGCGCUGGGCUGCAUGCCCUUCAUUGCCCUGGCCUACUUCUUCCUGUGGUUCCUGCCCCCAUUCACCAGCCUGCGUGGGCUCUGGUAUACCACCUUCUACUGCCUGUUCCAGGCCCUGGCUACGUUCUUCCAGGUUCCCUACACGGCGCUCACUAUGAUCCUCACUCCCAGCCCCAGAGAGCGAGACUCGGCCACUGCAUACCGGAUGACCAUGGAGAUGGCAGGGACGCUGAUGGGAGCCGCCGUCCAUGGGCUCAUCGUGUCCAGUGCCCAUGGGUCUCGGAGGUGUGAGGAUCCUGGAGUGCAGCUCCCCGGGAGUACCGCUGUCUCCCCAGAUGCCGCUCGGCUCUAUUGCCUCGCAGCCGCUGUGGUUGCGUUGACUUACCCUGUGUGUGGCAGUUUGCUGUGCCUAGGAGUGAAGGAGCAGCCAGACACUUCCGCCCCAGCCUCAGGUUCAGGCCUGAGCUUCUUCGCGGGGCUGGCCAUCACUUCCCGGCACCCGCCCUACUUGAGUCUGGUGGUCUCCUUCUUGUUCAUCUCGGCUGCCGUCCAGGUGGAACAAAGCUACCUGGUCCUGUUCUGUUUACAUGCCUCCCGGCUACAAGACCACGUCCAGGGCUUGGUGCUAACCAUCCUGAUCUCAGCCGUGCUGAGCACCCCGCUGUGGGAGUGGGUUCUCCAGCGAUUUGGGAAGAGGACAUCCGCGUUCGGGAUCUGUGUGAUGGUGCCCUUUUCUAUCUUGCUGGCUGCUGUGCCCUCAGCGCCUGUGGCCUAUGUUGUGGCCUUUGUCUCUGGUGUGAGCAUUGCUGUGUCCCUGCUGCUACCCUGGUCCAUGUUGCCAGAUGUGGUGGAUGACUUCCAGCUGCAGCACCAGCAUGGCCCAGGCGUGGAGACGAUCUUCUACUCAUCCUACGUCUUCUUCACCAAGCUCUCAGGAGCAGGCGCCCUGGGCAUCUCCACCCUCGGUUUGGAGUUCGCGGGGUAUAAGGCAGGGGCCUGCCAGCAAGCAGAGGAAGUGGUCGUCACCCUCAAGGUCCUCAUUGGUGCGGUGCCCACCUGUAUGAUCCUUAUUGGUCUGUGCAUCCUCAUGGCUGGCCCAACUCCCAAGACGCCAAGCCAGGACACCUCCGCCCAGCUAAGCCUCAGGAGGAGAACUAGCUACAGCAUCGCCUGAAUGUAAAGGGGACUUCUGUGAGCCGGGAACGCAGAAGCCUGAGUUUUCUGGAACUCUCUGUCCAGCCCCCGGGCACAGCAAAGCAACUCAGCAUGCGACAUUUUCCCUUGCGAAUGGAGGCUUUAGUGACAUCUCCCAAAGCGGCUAGCCCAGGUUCCAGGGACCCUACCUGCCACCUCCUUACCUGUUGACCCUGGACCUUCCCGACUUGUAGCCCAAACUCCUCCUCCUUCAAGAAACCUCAGACUCUGAAAGCAUCCCCCAAGACUACUUCUGGCAUCAGGAAGGUUCUGCCUCCUCCAGCCUGUACACUCACUCCCUUUGCUAGAUGGCAGAGCUCCACACACAGGAAAACAGACCAAGACCUGGUUUGCUCAGUCUCCAGUGGACACCUGCUGAGAGCAUGGAAAAGCUGGGACACAGUGUCAAUGGGUAAACAGAGGACACACGACUACCUGGCACACAGGUGUUUGCCCAGCAUUUUGCUCUCUUCACAUGAAUUGAGGUCACUGCUUCUAUCAGUAGACAGAGGACGACGCAGAACCAUCGGAGGCCAGUCACUUUUACAAAUAAAUGUAAAUACAUCUUCUGAAAUUCUUGUUAUAAUAGCAUGUAAUAAGAACUGCAGUUUUCUAGGGGCUGUGUCUUUGGGGAAAAGAGAUUCACUGGGGUUUAUAUUUUUUAAAAAAAAACAAAUUUAGCUGGGUGUGGUGAUGCACACAGUUAAUGCUGGCACUCGGGGUAGAAACAGGAGAAUCAAGAGUUCAAGGCCAGCCUCAGUUGCAUAUUAAAUUUGAGGCCAGUGAACAACCUGAGAUCCACUUUUUUUGCGGGGGUGGGGA